AUGGCUGGCUCCUCUCCAGCCGCGCGAAGGACGCAUCAAUGGUCGAGUCCCAACCGCGAUCGCUUGUCCGAUCUGCUGUCUGAGAACAGGCAUACCGAGCUGAGCCACCAAGAUGCCCUCAAUGCAGCCCAAGCAGAGCACGACCGCGUUCGGGAAGCUGCCAUAAGAGUCUUCAGGGAGCAUGAAUUACACGAGGAACACAAGAAGCUGCGAGAACGAGAAGAACGAAUACGUCAGCAGCAGAGGCUUGAAGAGGAACGCAUACGGACCGAAGAACACCUCAGGGCUGAAGAAGAGCGACUGCGCACCCUCAAGGCGAAGACCGUACCGCAAUUACCCCCACCUCCACCUUCCCCCCCAGCCUCGACAGUCAACCGAUCAGCUGCUCCGAAACAGCCCGAACCUACUCCAUCAGCUGCCCCUCAAGUACAGUCGUCGCUCAAUGCGAAAGCGUCAACUUUUGCUACCACAAGCAGUACAGUUUCCGGGCUGCCCCAGGUCAAUGGGACCAAAGCGGAGGUGCCGUCUCCAGCACAACCAUCCCAACAACCACCACAAGCUCUGUCAUCCGCCAGGCCAUCGCCUUUCGCGCAGCCCUCUGCCACAAAUCCAUUUGCACAACCCUCCAUCACAGGUCCCUCUGCGCAACCCGCUGCGGCGAAUCCAUUUGCGAGACAAGCAACCUCUCAACAGAAUGGUCAAGCUACCCAACCCGCUGCUACAACCGCUAUUGUCUCGGACAACGACCGAUAUGUUCAGAUACACCAGAAUCUGAAAAGGUUACGUGCCUCACUAGCGCAGCAAGCAAAGUCGUUGCCGCCGCUCAAAGCGCGAAUGGGCGAUAUGAGACGAGAGCUAAGAAAGAACAUGGGCCAACUGGUAAACGCGAAGGGAGGCAAUAAAGUCCAGAUUGAAGCGAUCCAGAGAGUACUUCAUGAAUCCAUUAGUGGUUCUGUCCCCAGUGCCUUGGUUGAUCCUGCGGACUACAUCACAGACAGACGAGAGCCAUCCGAAGGUGCCAUACACAAUGGACGACAGCUCCCAUCCCUGUUCAUCUACCUUUUGAACACCUUCUCCAAAGCGGUGAUCAACCAAUUCAUCGACGAGUGUGGAGCACAGCCGCUAAUGGCUGACCCUGUUGGUGUUAUCGUCGCGAUGAUCUUCUCCAACAAGUCCUUCUUGUGGCGUGGCAAAACGCUUAUCGACAUUCUUAUGGCCAAGUUUCGAGUGGUCUGUCCUGUCCUUUUCGGGUAUAGGGGCAGCGAGAAGACAGAGCAGGGCCGCAAGCGCUUGGGCUGGAAAAGAGAGAAAGGGGCGUCGUGGGUACCCGAGCAGCAACACACCGACAGAAUGAAGGGCUUAGGUGUAGGAUACGCGGCAAUCGCAUUGCGAGACUUCUCCAAGUCACCCAAUACGAACCCGUGGCCACCCUCGAGGUACUGGGCGAGCUUCGCAAAGAUUGUCAACACGCCCUCGGCCGAGAUAACCAACACACACGCCGUGGUUUUGAGAGCAAUGAUUGAGGUGUCUGAGGAACGAUUCUGUUCUUUCUACGGAACCGCAGCCAUCGCCGCUCUCCGGAAGGCGCUAGUGGACUUUCCCAACAGGGCUGAAAUCAAGACGCCCGGUGUCUCAGGCCUGUUGGUUCUGGGACAGAUGUUCAGACGGGAUAUAGGACUAGAGCUUUGA